AUCAAUUCACGGUUAGGAUGCAUUCCCCAUACUUGGGCUGGGCUGAUCGGUACUUCUCCCUUGGUUUUCUCGGUAACAGGCGAUGUACUUCUUCGAGUCUUCCACCAUAAGUGCUCUGUUUUUAUCCACCUUUUCUCAGUAACAGGUAACAGGCAGGAGAAAGUAUCAUUGUUGGCGCCAUGAAGAUCGGCUGUGGGAAUUAUCUAACAUCUCUUUUCCUGAUCAUCUCCGUCUAUCUAUCCUCCUGUUGCAUUGCCAUAGACACCAUUACACCCACUCAAUACAUCAGAAACUCAGAAACAAUUAUCUCAGCUGGUGGAAAAUUCAAACUAGGCUUCUUCAGCCCCAGUAAUUCUACAAGUCGCUAUGUUGGGAUUUGGUAUAACACAAUUCCAGGACAAACAAUUGUAUGGGUGGCAAAUAGAGAAAAUCCAACAGUAAAUGCUUCUGGAGUUCUGAUGAUAGCGGAUGAUGGAAAUCUUGUGGUUAGAGACGGAUCAAGACACGUUUUGUGGUCAACGAAUGUUUCAAAUAUUGCAAAUGCCAACACAAGUGCCCAACUCUCAGAUUAUGGCAAUUUAGUGUUGCGAGCAGCUAGUUCUUCUGGUAAUGGCAACACGAACAACGGGAUUUUAUGGGAGAGUUUCGAACAUCCAUUAGACUCGUUCUUGACAACAAUGAAGAUUGGUGUCAACCUGAGAACCGGUGAUAAACGAACGCUAACAUCACGCAAAAGCGAUUCUGAUCCUUCCCCUGGAAACUUCUCACUUGGCGUUAUUGCUACGGGUAUACCUCAAGUGGCUAUCCUGAAAGGCUCUCUGCCCUACUGGGUCAGUGGUCCAUGGAACAAUCGUAUCUUUAUAGGGAUCCCUGCAAUGUCCUCCAUUUAUAUCAGUGGAUUAAAUCUAGUUCGAGAUGAUACGGAAGGAACUGUAUAUGUGAUGAGGAAUGUGGCUGAUAUCGACGAGUCUUAUUUUAUAAUGUUCAAAUUGGAUUCUGAUGGACUGUUAGUAGAAAGGCAGUGGGAUGAAGGGAAGAAUGAAUGGGUUAGCUGGGCGAUCCAAAAAACAGAGUGUGACACUUAUGGAAAAUGUGGACCGUUUGGAAGCUGUGAUGCAUCGAGCUCGCCAAUAUGUACUUGCCUGGAAGGAUUUACACCAAAGUCUCCAGAAGAAUGGAGUAUGAGAAAUUGGUCAAGUGGGUGUAUAAGGAGAACUUCACUGCUGUGUGAGAGAAACAACACUGCUGGUGAAGAAGGGAAAGCAGAUGGGUUUCUCAGGAGGGAAAGGAUGAAAGUGCCAGAUUUUGCAAUCUGGUCAGCUGCCAUUGACGUCAAGGCAUGUGAAGAGCAAUGCUUGAAGAAUUGUUCCUGUGUAGCUUUUGCAUUUGAUAGCGGCAUUGGAUGUAUGUCUUGGAAUGGAAGCUUAAUUGAUAUACAGAAGUUCUCUGCGGGUGGUAUAGAUCUUUACAUCCGCUUAGCACAUUCAGAAAUUGCUAAAGGGAGGAACGUGAAAACGAUCAUCAUAGGUACAGUGAUUAUUGGAACACUAACAGUGGCUGUUUUAGCCUACGUUGCUUAUUGUUGGAGAGUUAAACGAAAGGGAUGCAAGAAUGGAAGAUCAUCAAAGAUGCUAUUAAGUGAUGUGAGUAAAUCUUCUGGAGAGGUAUUAGGUGCAGACGUACUUAGAGACAGAAUAAAGCAUAGGAAAAGCUCGGAGCUAACGUUAUUCAAAUUUGAGGACUUGGCUAAAGCAACAGACAACUUUGAUAGUGUAAAUAAACUUGGCAAAGGUGGUUUUGGUCUUGUCUACAAGGGCAAGUUACAGGGUGGACAACACAUAGCUGUUAAAAGACUUUCAAAGAGCUCAGAACAAGGCUUAGAAGAAUUUAAGAAUGAGGUUAUGGUGAUUUCUAGUCUCCAGCACAGAAAUCUUGUCAAACUGCUUGGUUGCUGCAUUGAAGGAGGUGAAAAAAUGUUGAUCUAUGAAUUCAUGUCCAACAGAAGCCUGGAUGCCUUUCUGUUUGAUGCAACCAAAAGGGCACUCCUUGACUGGAGAAAACGCUUCCAUAUCAUAGAAGGGAUUGGCCGUGGACUUCUUUAUCUUCACAGGGAUUCCAGGUUAAAAAUCAUUCAUAGAGACCUCAAGGCGAGCAACAUUUUAUUGGAUGAAGAGUUAAAUCCCAAAAUUUCAGACUUUGGCAUGGCAAGGAUAUUAGGAGGAACUCAAGAAGAAGAAAGGACUAGAAGGGUGGUUGGCACAUAUGGAUAUAUGUCCCCUGAAUAUGUCAUGCAAGGGAAUUUCUCAGAAAAAUCUGAUGUCUUCAGCUUUGGAGUACUGUUACUAGAGAUUGUGAGUGGGAAAAGGAACACGAGUUUUUUCCAUCAUCAGGAAUAUGUAAGCUUGUUGGAUCAUACAUGGAAGCUAUGGAAUGAAAACAAGCUGGAAGACUUCAUUGAGCCAACACUAUGUGAACCAUGUAUUCAACCAGAAAUUCUGAGAUGCAUCCAUGUGGGACUACUAUGUGUGCAAGAAUUCCCAAAGGACAGACCUACAAUGUCUACUGUAGUUUCCAUGCUCAGUAGUGAAAUUGCAAUUCUUCCCACUCCAAAGCACCCUGCAUUUACUGAAAGGCAAAUCCUCCUUGACAAGGAUCCUUGUCAAGAUAACCAAUAUAUAUGCUCUACAAAUGUAACCAUUACCACCCUUAAUGGUCGAUAACAUGUCAGUGUACAUAAUUUUGUUCCUCAUUAUUUUCAUUGUAAAUGAUGAGAUUGUAUUACUUAUCAAGGAUAAUAAUCAUCCAA